AUGAAAUACAACGCUGCAAUUCUCACUGCAGCCACUUCCAAUCUGGUUGGAAGGGCUGCUGCGGCACCAGAUCCCAAUUUGCAGCCACUGCCUCCUAUGGGAUUCAACAACUGGGCCAGGUUCAUGAGCAACAUCAAUGAGUCCAUCUUUGUCGAUGCCGUCGCUGCCAUGGCACGCAAUGGUCUCCAACAAGCAGGCUACACCCGCAUUAACCUCGACGAUGCAUGGCAGCAGACUGCCCGUGCCGCCAAUGGGUCAAUGCUCUGGGACGAGAGCCGCUUUCCCAAUGGAUUGCCAUGGCUGACGAACCACAUCCGGUCGAAAGGAUUCCUUCCUGGUACCUACAGCGACGCGGGCACCUUUAGUUGUGCGGCCAACUUCCCCGGAACGCUGGGCCACGAGGAACAGGACCUGCAAACCUUUGCUGAUUGGGGCUUUGAGUACCUAAAACUCGAUGGCUGCUACGUGGAUACACCCCCAGGUUACUUCUCUGUCUAUGGAAAAUGGCUUUCUAUUCUUGACAAGUUUAACCAUGAUGGAUCGGGCAGAAAGAUGGUCUUUUCCAACUCUGCGCCUGCUUACGCUGCAGGACGAGACAAUUUAACCGACUGGUACACAUUGAUGGCUCAAGCAGCGAGUGGAGGCCAGUUGUCACGCCAUUCUUAUGAUAUUGCCACCUACAGCGACAGCAAUGACUCAGUCUGGUACAGCGUGAUGAAAAACUACGACUGGCAGAUCCGCCUUGCUCGCUUCCAGCAGCCUGGAUACUUCAACGAUCCCGACUUCCUUAUUGCCGAUCAUCCUGGACUGACACUAGAGGAGAAGAAGAGUCAGUUUGCUCUCUGGGCUUCCUUUUCAGCUCCCCUUUUCAUCAGUGCUGAUAUUCCCAAUCUGUCCCCCGAUGAGCUGAAAUACCUCACCAACAAGGAUCUCAUUGCCGUUAACCAGGAUAAAUUGGUCCAGCAGGCAACUCUUGUCAGCCAAGACGGUUCUUGGGAUGUGUUGACCAAGUCCCUUAGCAAUGGCGAUAGGCUAGUGGCAAUCCUCAACCGUGCUGAUAAAGCUGCUUCUCUCACCGUUCCCUGGAGCCGCAUUGGUAUCAAGCCCAGAGCUCAGGGUACCCUUUUCGUCAAGAAUCUUGUAACUGGCAGUUCUUCGACUAUCGCGGCUAGUGCUGGUGCAGUAAAAGCAGAAAGUGUUCCUUCGCACGGCACUGUUGUCUACCGCAUUUCCAGCAAACACUCGCUCAACACUGUCCCAACUGGCAUGAUCUUCAACACCAAUUCCCUACUUUGCCUGACUGACAGCAAGAACAGCCUUGUUGCUUGGCAGAAUUGCCAAGGCUCUGACGCACAGGUGUGGUCCGUCUCUGACGAUGGCAAGAUCAGAAGCUUGCUUCGCCCUACCGCAUGUCUCAACGCUGAUUCAAACGGCAUAAUCCUCUCUACUACUGAUGCCUGCCAGAAGAGCUCAUGGGAGCAUACCUUCUCUGGCAACUUGGUUGACAAGGCUACCAAGAAGUGUCUCACGGAUGACGGCACUGGUAUCGCUAGCUCACAAGACUGUGGCAUUAUGACAAAUGAGCAAGUUGUUGGUCUCCCUGUUGGUGUCAAGAUCAUUCAAUAGGUCAUUCCCUGUUUUAGUACAUUGUAGAAUGAAGGAAUAUUAAUACAAG